AAAGAGAUAAAAAGAAAUGUUGUUAUUUUAUUUUCAUGUUGUCAGUUUAAUCAAUAAAAAAUCAAGAUCAAUUCGAGUAUAUUAAUAAAUAUUCCACUGGUCAGCCUUAGGUUAGACAGGGGCUUUGAUGGUGUAAAGUUGUAAAAUAAUGUCACAGAUAGCGCCUCGUAACAUUAGCCACUUUAUCGUGAAUUUUUUCGUGCCUGUAGUGUUUCUCUGAAUUAGAAGAACUUCUGUUUGAAGUGGAACCUUUAAGAGCUCAUCCGAGAUCAAAAGGCACUACUGCACAUAGUUGCUAUGAACUAGAUUAUCAACUAUAAUAAAACAAGUCACCCCCUUUUCUUUCUAUUUUUUUUUUUUCUUAUACAAAAACUUGACAUGUUAAAGGGAUUAGCAAACAAACAACAACAAUUGACAUUAGCACUUUUAAAACCAGACAUUUGUUCUAAUGCUGCAUUGCCACCCAAAAUUAAACAAGCCAUUCUUAACCGAGGAAUGACCAUUCUUCAGGAACGUCCCGUGCUUUGGACAGAAGAACAGGCAGGUCAAUUUUAUGCUGAGCAUAAAGGAAAAUUCUUUUAUCAUCGGUUAUGUGGAUAUAUGACCAGUGGACCCUUUCAUGCCAUGAUAUUAUCAUCACCCAAUGCCAUCAAGGAAUGGCGUUCACUGAUAGGACCAACUCAUCCUGUUAGGGCAAGAAUACACCAGCCUGAUACAUUAAGAGCACUUUAUGGUUUAACAGAUACACGGAAUUCAUUUCAUGGUUCAGACUCUGAUUCAUCAGCAAAAAAAGAAAUAGAGUUCUUCUUUCCAGAUUUUUUCAAGCAAUAAGUUAGGCUUUAUCAAUCUAUACACGUAUUAGAUAUGCCCCCUCAUGCACAUAUGGACGUGCUUAC